AUGGGGAAAACCCUCCCUAAUAUUUAUAACGUUAUGACAGACUGUAAUACUCACCAGGUGGUGGGUCGGAAUAUAAACACGGCCGCGCGGCUCCGAUUGGCUGCCGAUGAUGUCACAGCCAUGUCAAUACUUCCCGGCGAACGCACGUCCACCCGCACCCACCACACCCCGACCCCGCAGAUACAUAAUUGCCAAGGCUUUGCAAGCGCAACUCCCCAAGGCACUCUCGGGGCCCAAAGCAAAAAGUGUCUGGUGAAGUGGCAGCAGCUGGGAGAGAGGGAGAAGGAGACGGGCAGAGCCGGGCACCGUGCAGCGGGGAGUCCCGGGCCCGGGCGGGGACGGGGGCGGGUGAGUGCGGGCUGCCUGAGGCUGACAUUCGGAUCAGCUGUCGGUCCGUCCCUGGCUGCGGAGCCGGAGCCUGAGCCUGAGCCUGAGCCGGGCCGCCCUGGGCUGCGCACGCCCUGGGGCCCCCUAAGUGGGCUGCGCUCAGGCCGCUCGGCCGGCCUUUGUCCCCCCAAGCCUCAGCCCUCCGACUGGCUGGCUGGCUGGCUGACCCACUGGGACCCCACCGGGCCUUUUGUCCCCCACGAUCCCCUCUUGGCCUGGCGCCCCACCCCUCGGACUGACGGACUAGUUGCACGACUGGAUGACCAACCCGCUAGGCCCUUUUGCGCCCCCACCCUCAGCCUCAGUGACUUAACUGAACGACUGAAUGACUGGCUCACGGGGACCCCCAAAGGACAGCCCUCCUUCAUUCGUUCGGCCUUUUGUCCCCCCACCCCUCAGGGCCCUGUUUAUGACCAAGUGGCUGACCCUGCGCCCGCCCGCCCGCCCGACUUCCUUCCCCGCGGCCGCACCCCCGCCCGGAGGCCGGCCCGAGGCGCCUGGAAGAAGCGAGGCGAGGCGAGGCGUGGCCCGGCCCCUUCCCGGUCCCCCGGGCGCCCCCCACCCACCCCCCACCCCACCCUCCCGCACCCCGCGCCGCCGGCCCAGGCCCGGCCCCCGCCCACCUCCCACCUCCCACCUCCCCCCGCCCGCCCUCGCCCCUCCGCGGCCGCGCCCGGUGCAUUGUGGGCCGCGCUCGAGUCUCGCCUCCCGAUCGUCCGAGCGCCUCGUUGGCUCGUCCGGAUCGCGCCCAGCUCGGCCGCGGCUUCUCCGGGAGAGGGAAGCGUCUCAAGAUUCUCAGAAGCGCCUCAAGAUUCUGCUCGGGGAGGGACCGAGGGAGGAGGAGGCAGGAGGCAGGCUCGCGGCUCGGGGGGUCGCCAGGCCCCGCGGGAGGCGAGAGCGCGAGAGCGAGAAGCGGCCGCCCGGGCGAUCGAGCCCCACGAGGCCCGAGGCGCGGCGCCCGGCGGCCCCGCUGAGCCGAGGCCGGGCAGCCCGGCCCCGAGGGGCGACGCCGCGCGGCGGGACGCGCCGGGGCCCCUCGCCACCCGGCCGGCCAUGUCGUCCUUCAGCGAGAUGAACCGCAGGACGCUGGCCUUCCGCGGCGGCGGCGGCGGGGGCGGCGGCGGCGUCUUCGGCCCCGGCCCCGGGGGCGUCCAGGGGGAGGCCGCGGCCUGGCCGCCGCCCGCGCUCUUCCCCGCCUUCCCGCACGCCGCCCCGCCGCCGCCGCCGCCGCCGCUCAACGGCCGCGCGGGGCCCGACGAGGAAGCGGACGCCGCCAACGCCAGCGCCGAGGACCCGCCGCCGCUGCUGCCGCCGCCCCCGCCCGACGCCGCCCCGCACGACCCCGCCGCGCCGCCCGGCCUCCUCCCGCCGCUGCCCGACGCGGCCGCGGGCGCCCCCGGGGCUCCGCCGCUCGCCGAGCGCAACCGCCGCACCCUGGCCUUCCGCGGCGGCGCCUCCCGCGCGCUCAACGGCCGCGGGUCCGAGCUGGAGCUGCUGCGCCUGGCGGGCGGCCUGUCGCCCCCGAGCCCCAGCGCCAGCGAGCGCAGCACGGCCGACGGCGACGACGACGACGCGGACGGCGACGGCGAGGACGAGGGCGAGGCCGAGGCCGAGGCCGCCAGCCUGGGCGACGGCAGCGGGCCCGACGGCGACGCGGAGCGGGAGGCCGAGCCCGACGGCGCCCCGCUCCCGCACCUCCCGCUGCUCGCGCGGCCCAAGUCGCUGCUGCUCAAGCUGCAGUGCUCCUUCCAGCCGGCCUGGCUGCGCGACUUCCCCUGGCUGCGCUACUCGCACGACACGGGCCUCAUGUUCUGCGGCUGGUGCCAGCGGACCCCCGACGACGGCCCGGGCGGCGGCGGGGUCGGGGUCGGGGGGGCCCCGUCGUCGGGGUCCGAGCACCCCGGCCCGGCCGGGGGCCACGACGAGCUGUCCCGGGGCACGCGCAACUACAAGAAGACGCUGCUGCUCCGGCACCACGUCUCGGCCGAGCACCGGCUGCACGAAGCCCACGUCCAGGGAAAGGAGGCGUGCUUCACCUGGCAAUACUCAGGUGAUACUCCAGGCUCGGCUCUGCACUCAGGAUAUCACUUCUGCAGUGCUCAGGAGUCAGAAAUACCAUCAGAGGAAGGAUACUGUGACUUUAAUAGUAGGCCAAAUGAGAACUCUUACUGCUAUCAACUUCUUCGGCAACUAAAUGAACAGAGGAAGAAAGGUAUUCUUUGUGAUGUCAGCAUCGUGGUGAGCGGAAAAGUCUUUAAAGCUCACAAGAACAUCCUGGUUGCAGGCAGCCGUUUCUUUAAGACUUUAUAUUGCUUUUCAAACAAAGAAAGCCCUAACCAAAACAAUACUACCCAUUUAGAUAUUGCUGCAGUUCAAGGUUUCUCAGUCAUCUUGGACUUCUUAUAUUCUGGUAACCUGGUGCUCACAAGCCAAAAUGCCAUUGAAGUGAUGACAGUGGCCAGCUACCUUCAAAUGAGUGAAGUUGUUCAAACUUGCCGAAAUUUCAUUAAAGAUGCCUUAAAUAUAAGCAUUAAAUCAGAAGCUCCAGAGUCUGUAGUUGUGGACUAUAAUAAUAGAAAACCUGUUAACAGAGAUGGUCUGCCUUCAUCACGGGAUCAAAAAAUUGCCACUUUUUGGGCAACAAGGAAUCUUACCAAUUUGGCAAGUAAUAUAAAAAUUGAAAAUGAUGGUUGUAAUAUCGACGAGGGCCAAAUAGAAAACUACCAAAUGAAUGACAGUAAUUGGGUCCAGGAUGGUUCUUCUGAAUUGGCUGAAAAUGAAUCUGAAAGUCAAACAAAAGUUUUUGUUUGGAAUAAUAUGGGAUCCCAGGUAAUUCAAGAAACUGGCAAAACAAGGAGGAAAAACCAAACUACAAAGAGAUUUGUUUAUAAUAUACCACCUAAUAGUGAAACAACUUUAGAAGAUUGUAUAAUGAUGCAACCACCUAUUGCUUAUCCAGAAGAAGAUUUAUCGUUCAUCAAAGAGGAACCAGAUCUGGAUGGUGCUCUACUCUCAGGACCAGAUUGUGAGAGGAAUGUGAAUACAAAUUUAUUGGCGGAAGCCAGCUCUGGUCAGGAUGGAGGUGAUGCUGGUACUUCACAUGAUUUCAAGUUUAGCCUCAUGCCUGGCCCUUCAAGUGAUUUUAAAUUUGGAUUACUAGGAGGUACUUCAAGUGAUUUCAAGUUUGGAUUGAUGGCAGGUGCUUCCAACGAUUUCAAGUAUGGAUUACUGCCUGAAUCUUGGCCAAAACAGGAAACUUGGGAAAAUGGUGAAUCAUCUCUAAUCAUGAACAAGUUAAAAUGCCCGCAUUGUAGCUAUGUAGCCAAAUACAGACGAACACUAAAAAGGCAUUUGCUCAUUCAUACGGGAGUUAGAUCAUUUAGCUGUGAUAUUUGUGGAAAGCUGUUUACUCGCAGAGAACAUGUGAAAAGACAUUCCUUGGUGCAUAAAAAGGAUAAAAAAUACAAAUGUAUGGUGUGUAAGAAGAUCUUCAUGUUAGCAGCCAGUGUUGGAAUAAGACAUGGAUCUCGACGUUAUGGUGUUUGUGUAGACUGUGCAGAUAAAUCACAACCAGGAGGGCAAGAAGGUGUAGAUCAGGGACAGGAUACAGAUUUCCCUCGGGAUGAAGAAUAUGAGGAGAAUGAAGUAGGAGAAGCUGAUGAAGAGCUGGUUGAUGAUGGAGAAGAGCAGAAUGAUCCAUCUCGAUGGGAUGAAUCAGGAGAUGUUUGUAUGUCUCUAGAUGAUUAACUAACUGACCUACUAUACUACUCCUCAAGGAUGCUGCAUUUGGACUUAAUAUAAAUCGACAAUUUGAAUUGUUGAACUUGAAGGCUUGCAAAAUAUGGUACAUGCUGGAUGGUAGUAAUGUUGCUGUGAAAACUGUAGGGUCAAAGCCUUAUAGCAAAAAAAAUUUUUUUUAUAUUUGCACAGACUGUACAGCAAACAACCUCGUGGUUGGAUUACAUGGAGUCCCACAUCUUCAGUCAGUUAUCAAAGUAAACGUAUUUUUUAUUUAUAGGUUAUACAGUUACUGUUUGAGUCUUAUAAAGCAGUACCCAAUCUUAAAGAACUUAAAUUCAUGUGCCACUUUUAACAUGAAUGAAGAAAAAUCCAUUUAUGGAGUACAGUGACCUAAUCACUAUGUCCAUCAAACCACUCAGGCUAGUUUGUACUAGUAGAGUUUUGUUUCUAUUUUUAUUUUUAUUAAUUUUAUUUUUUUAAUACAGAUUUUCAGUGAGGGGCCUUUUUCAACCCCUUUGGUUCAAUUUUCUGGGUUUUCCAUUUUAAUUUACUAUAUAACUUAAAACCAAGUCUCCUUCUAGUCUUCGGUAUUAUUUCUCAGUUUGUACUGGUGGGCAUAUUAAUAAGAACUGGAGAGGUAAUUUAUUGGAAUGAACUGACUUCCUCCAUUCCCCCUUUCCUUUUUUGACAUGAAUUUUACUACUUCACAAAUGAAGAAUGACGUUGCAAAGUUGCCAUGGUGAAGUUGACAAAUACCACUAAAAUGAUUAUGAUUUAGAAGUAACUUUCUCCUGCUGCUCUGCUUUGAAAAAUGGUUACAGUAUGACCUUUUCUGAAACGGUAUUCAGUUUUGGGUAUCUGUUACUUUGGCACUAUUCUCGUUUGCCUCUUUAUUUUUGCCAGUGUACUAUACCUCAGUCCUAUUUGAAAAAGCAGAAAUAUAAUUGAAAAAAGUCAA